CAACGGUUCCAUCAGCCCACGAACAGGCGCCAUUUGUACCCUCCCGACACGUUCCUCUCCACGCACAAAUUCGCAUCAACACCACGAAAAGACAGUUCACCACAGCAAUUAAAGAAUUUAAGAGUCGGCAGGUGCUUUCGCAGAGAUCGUCAACCGCCACUGUUAUGUCGUCACAGAAGCGCCAGGGCGAGGAGCUCGAGGGCGACAUCACGUUCAUUGCGACGCCCGCACCUGUGCCCUCAAAAUUUGGGACGGGUGAGGACUGUGGCGUCCCAAUCACCAAUUUCCCCGCCAUCCAUAAUGCUCCCCUACCUGCCGAGGGUCCCGGCAAUGAGUCCUUCUCGAACUACAUCCUCGGGGCGCUGCUGUUGGCCAUCCCGACCUUUGUCGCCCGCAGCCUCGGCGGCGGCUUCAAGACUACCGUCUUUUUCUUUUUGGUCUUCUUCGUGCCGAUUCUGGUCGCCUUCUGGACUGUGACCUCGACCUACUCGCCGAACAUCAACGACAAGGUUAAGCUCCCCGGUCGCCCCAUUGAGCACUAUAUCACGUUCAAGAAGCAAGAAGACCGCCGGCGAUGGAUCGGCCGCAACAAGAUACCAAUGAAGACGUUUUACGAGAUGUACUUCGACGGUGACGUCGAGUUCAAUGGCGAUUGCCUCGACAUUAUGGAGUUCCGCCAUGACUGGGCUAACUUCGCCUUUACGUGGUCGGUCUUCCAUUUCAUCUUUUUCACUUUUGCCCCAGAUGUGCUCUUCCAUUCGCGCAAGCAGGACGAGGAGCAGAUCCGCCCUAAUUACGACCGCGGCAACGACCACUACUCGUGGUUUCUUGGCCCCCGUAUGGUUUAUACGAGCGGCAUCUUCUCCGAUCUCACACGCGAAGAGACGCUCGAGGAGAUGCAGGACAACAAGAUGGCCAUCGUCUGUGAGAAGCUCGCUCUCAACGAGGGAGAAUCACUUUUGGACAUCGGUUGCGGCUGGGGCACCCUCGCCAAGUUCGCCAGCGUCAACUACGGCGCCCACGUCACGGGAGCUACCCUUGCCCGCAACCAGGCCGCCUGGGGUAACGACGCUCUCCGCCGCGCGGGCAUCCCCGAGAGCCAAAGCAACCUUUUGUGUAUGGACUACCGUGACAUACCGGCGAGGAAAUUCAACAAGAUCUCUCAGCUCGAGAUGGGUGAGCAUGUGGGCAUUCGCAGGCUUACAACGUUCUUCCGUCAGUGCUAUGAUAUGCUCGAGGACGACGGCGCCAUGUAUGUCCAGCUCUCUGGUCUGCGUAAGGCAUGGCAAUAUGAGGACUUCAUCUGGGGCCUUUUCCUGAACAAAUACAUCUUCCCCGGCGCCGACGCCUCCACGCCGCUUGCCAACUACGUUGGCUGCCUUGAGAGCGCCGGAUGGGAGAUCAAGAGCAUCGACACGGUUGGCGUACACUACUCAGGCACCAUCUGGCGCUGGUACCGCAACUGGCUCGGCAACGCGGAUGUCAUCAAGGCUAAGUAUGGCCAGCGCUGGUACCGCAUCUGGGAGCUCUUCCUGGCCUGGUCUACCAUCGCCUCGCGCCAGGGCAGCGCCACCUGCUUCCAGAUGGUCGUGGUGAAGAACCUGAAUGCCACCCACCGCAUCAACGGGUUUCCGUCCCAGUUUGGCCUCUCUGGCGCCCUUAACGCGAGUCGCGCUGCCGGGAAGGCGACCUUUCCGAAGUAAAUUGUGUGCUUAUCAAGGAAAAGUGCCGUUUUCUUUUGGGACUGUAAUCUUCGCAAUAGAACUGAAAGGGGGCACAGGAGAUUAGAAAUAGAAGGACGAAGAGGGCCUGUCAUCUUCAAUGUCAGCACCAUCAACUACAACUCCAUUAUCCUCUUGCGUUUGUUGUGUUGGGCCCAAAACCUCUUGAGUAUAACGAACUCCGCUGACUUUCCCUCCGCCUUAUUAUCUGAGAAUCGUGCCGUCAAGCGUGCCAAUCCACUUCUUCUUUACAUUGUGGGCGACGUUUUAGAGUUUGUGCCACACAUAAACUGCUGCUUGCUAUUCGGAUAUUUAUUUCGAAGCGCGUUCUCAAGCGCGUUCUCAAGCGCCUUGUCAAAGUCGAUAAGGAUGAACGUAAGGCGCGUCGGCAAU